UUCGGAUCCUUACACUAGAUGGCGAUGUAUCAAACGCAACUCAACGCAACACGAGAAGAACGACACUGAACCAACAUGGCCUCGUGCAGCAGGGCUCAAGUGAUCUCUCUCUACAGGAUGCUUAUGAAAGAGAGUAAACAAUUCCCCUCAUAUAAUUACAGAACAUACGCUCUUCGCAGAGUGAAAGAUGGCUUCAGGGACAACCUUCAUGUUGACAACCCCAAAACCCUGGAUGUGCUCCUAAAUCAAGCUCGAGAGAAUCUGGCGCUCAUCAAGAGACAGGUUUCCAUUGGCCAUCUGUAUUCUGCCCAGAAGACCAUUGUUGAAAAAGAGCCUCAUUUAUAAGUGUCUUCAGAAUCAAAAUGUAUGGUUUGUUAAUGGCAAAUCUGUUUAUCCUGGGAGCUGCAACACCAGUGGACUAUGUUUGUAAAAUUGUAUAUUAGCGUAUACUGUAAAUGUACAUUUAUGUUGUAUUUUUUAGCAAAUAAAUGAGAUGCAUAUAAUGAA